GUAGAACAAUUGGAGGCGAAAUUCAAUCACAAGUUCAACUAUCCCUGGGUAUUUUUGAGCGACGAACCCUUCUCUUACGAGUUCAAAAGGCGUGUUGAAGUGUUGACUGACGCGGAUGUAUCAUUUGGGCUCAUCCCUCGCGAAACCUGGGUGCAGCCGCCCUGGAUAGAUGAAGAACGAGCUCAGAAGGGACGCAAUAUGCUAACACAAGAAGGUGUAAUUUAUGGCGGUAAUUACCGUAAUAUGUGUCGGUUUAACUCAGGGUUCUUUUUCCACCAUGAGCUCUUAACGCCAUAUAAGUGGUAUUGGAGAGUAGAACCCGACGUGAGAUUUUACUGUGAUCUUGAAUAUGACCCAUUUGUAUUCAUGGAAGAUAAUGACAAAAUUUAUGGCUUCACUAUUUCAAUGCCAGAACGGGAACCAACUAUAACCUCGCUGUGGUCUGUAGUGAAAGAAUUCAUCUCGGACCACCCCGAAUACGUGUCACCCAACAAUUCAAUGGAUUUUAUAUCCGAUGACGCGGGCGAUACUUAUAACAUGUGUCACUUUUCGUCAAACUUUGAAAUUGCCGAUAUGGAUUUCUGGAGGGGUGAAGCUUACACAAAAUUCUUUAAUCAUCUCGAGAACACAGGAGGAUUUUACUAUGAGGCAAGCUUAAGAUUUCUUUUUUUCUAUUCAUGGGGAGAUGCACCUGUUCAUAGCAUCGCCGCAGCCUUAUUUACACGCAAGGACCAACUACAUUUCUUUAAAGAUAUAGGUUAUAAAUACGCCGAAUUCGCUCACUGCCCCCAGGGUAGACAGUGGCGGGAAGGACACUGCUCAUGCAAUCCAAACGAUAACUUCGAUUUUGCGCAAAAAUCGUGCCUGAGGCAUUUUAUGCGUUUGGACGACUGGAUGUUCGGUUGAUUGAAGGCAUAGCCACGAUGAAUUAUGCGCUAGUUCUGCAGGAUAAUCUAUUUUAAAUUGUUUGUCUAUUAACUGUCCCAUAGGCCGUCAGUUUUUUGUGUUGUUACUUGGUCUCCUUAGUGGCCUCUGCUCUCUCGAGCUCGAUGAAAUAUGCACGCUACGGUGGGGGUACUUUCGCUAGCAGGAUGCAUUUAGGUAAUCCUUACAACGGGAAAUGUCUGAGAACUAGAAGGGACGGCUAUCUUCGUUCGAG